AUGGCCAACACUGGCAGCCACGUGCGCAACUGUAUUGUUUGCAUGAAAGACCAGCCUUUGGACUCUUUUCCUGACAUCAGCAAUGACACUCGCCACCAGCAUGGCGCUAACACCUGCCGCACAUGUUUCAACAGAUACCUCAUCCAGCAAGUCGAUGAGGGCCAGGCUCGCGCUAAAUGUGCUGAGUGCCAGGAACUCCUACGCCAUGCACAGGUUAAGAUGAUCGUCUCCAAAACCACUCUUUUGGAGUAUGACAAGGUCCUGCUCAAGAUAUUCGUUGAAGAGGACGAAGACUUCUACUACUGCAUGUCGGCCAAAUGCAAGUCGGGUCAGAUCCAUAUUGGCGGCGAAGAUAUGCCUAUCUUCUGCUGCAAGGUCUGCGACCAUAAGCAAUGCAUGGCCUGCGAAAUUCCAUGGCACGAGGGCGAGACGUGCGACCAAUACCAGGCCCGCCACGACGAUGGAAUCAUACAGACCGAAGCCCUCAUCCGUCAGACAUCCAAGAUCUGCCCCGGAGGCUGUGGUACUCGAAUUGAGCGCAAUGGAGGCUGCCCCCACAUGCUCUGCAGAAGAUGCCAGCACGAAUUCUGCUGGCUCUGCCUCGGCGACUGGGCUCCCCAUCAGGCACAGGGAAGAUGCGCCGAUUCUGUCUCUGGUAUCCCCGAGGCCGACUUCUACUCCGCCGAGAUUCAGGCGCGUCAAGAUAUGCGUCAAGCUCGCCAGAACGUCCGCGACUUCGACGAGGAGCAGGCCGAGGCCGUCAUCGCAUCUACCACAAAGCCCUGCCCCAAGUGCAAAGUCCGCAUCGAAAUCGACGGCGGCUGCGACCACAUGACUUGCGCCCAGUGUUCGUACGAGUUCUGCUUUGAAUGCCUCGCCGACUACAAGAAGAUCCUCAAGCAUGACAAUCGUCGUCAUAAGCGCAGCUGCGUGUACUUUUCUGGUCAAGCCCACGGCCGUGUCAUGCCUCUCAAGACCGGCAUCGACGUCGACGACGACGACUUACUCUCGUCGAUCGCCACGACGAAGCACCGCGCCACUGUUCGCAAGUCGACAGUGAAGGAAAAGAAGCCUGUCGGCGUCACAAAGAAGAAGGUCGUCGUCGCGUCGCCCGUCGCGUCGCCCGUCGUUCGUCGUGGCACUCGCACCGGUUUGCGCAGCUCGACGGCUGCAGUGAGCGGUCCCGUCACUCGCUCGCAGACUGCCGCUCGUAGAUAG